AUGGGAAAAGGUGGAGGUACCUUUGAGAGGCUUCUGGAUAAAGCCACCAGUCAGCUGCUGCUGGAGACUGACUGGGAAUCCAUCCUGCAGAUCUGUGAUCUCAUUCGACAAGGAGACGCACAAGCUAAAUAUGCCAUUGGGGCCAUUAAGAAGAAGCUGAAUGACAAAAAUCCACAUGUGGCCCUCUACGCACUUGAAGUCCUGGAGUCAGUGGUGAAGAACUGUGGCCAGACAGUCCACGAUGAGGUGGCGAGUAAACAAACUAUGGAGGAACUGAAGGAUUUACUUAAGAAACAGACGGAACCAAACGUAAGAAACAAGAUCCUGUACCUGAUCCAGGCCUGGGCUCACGCCUUCCGCAACGAACCCAAAUAUAAGGUGGUCCAAGACACCUAUCAGAUCAUGAAAGUGGAAGGUCAUGUGUUCCCCGAGUUUAAGGAGAGUGAUGCAAUGUUUGCAGCUGAGAGAGCCCCAGACUGGGUUGAUGCCGAGGAGUGCCACCGGUGCAGAGUCCAGUUUGGAGUUAUGACAAGAAAGCACCACUGUCGAGCCUGCGGCCAGAUUUUCUGUGGCAAGUGUUCGUCUAAGUGCUCCACCAUUCCCAAGUUUGGCAUAGAGAAGGAAGUGCGUGUGUGUGAGCCCUGCUUUGAGCUACUUAACAACCACCCCUCCCUUUCUCCUCCCUUGAAGAAAGCUGAAGGAAAAGCCCCCACCCCAGGCAUCGCCGAGCUGCCUCCUGAGUACCUGACCAGCCCGCUCUCCCAACAAUCCCAGGUAGAAAUGCCUCCCAAGAGAGAUGAGGCAGCACUGCAGGAGGAGGAGGAGCUGCAGCUGGCCAUUGCCCUUUCCCAGAGCGAGGCUGAGGAGAAGGAGCGAAUGAGGCAAAAGAACUCCUACUCAAUGUACCCCAAAGCUGAUCCCACUCCAGUAACUUCCUCAGCACCACCAGUCAGCACCCUCUACACUUCCCCGGUGAACUCCUCUGCUCCAUCAGCUGAAGAUGUAGACCCUGAGCUGGCCCGUUACCUGAACAGAACGUACUGGGAGAAGAAACAGGAAGAGGCUCGCAAGAGUCCCACCCCCUCAGCCCCUGCCUCUGUGCCAUUGGCUGAGUCCCUUCCGCCAAUCAGUCAGCCAGUAGAAAGUCAUGUCCCCGUCGCUGUCCCUGUCUCUGUCCAGCCAGUCAGCAUAGUGGAGCAGCAGUACCAGAACGGGGAGUCGGAGGAGAACCAUGAGCAGUUCCUGAAGGCUCUGCAGAAUUCUGUCACCACCUUCCUUAACCGCAUGAAGAGCAACCACAUGCGUGGACGCAGCAUCACCAACGACAGUGCUGUGCUCUCACUCUUCCAAUCCAUUAACAACAUGCAUCCACAGCUGUUGGACAUCCUCAACCAGCUAGAUGAGAAGCGAUUGUACUAUGAAGGGCUGCAGGACAAGUUGGCUCAGGUGCGUGAUGCUCGGGCAGCCCUCAACGCACUUCGGGACGAACACAGAGAGAAGCUGCGUCGCGCUGCAGAGGAAGCGGAGAGACAGAGGCAGAUCCAGCUGGCACAAAAACUGGAGAUCAUGAGGCAGAAGAAACAGGAGUACCUGGAGAUGCAACGACAGCUGGCCAUCCAGCGCCUCCAGGAGCAGGAAAAGGAAAGGCAGAUGCGUCUGGAGCAGCAGAAACACACAGUCCAGAUGAGAGCCCAAAUGCCUGCUUUCUCGCUGCCUUACGCCCAGAUGCAGUCUUUGCCCCCCAAUGUGGCAGGAGGGGUGGUGUACCAGCCUGGUGCUCCACCGAGCUAUCCAGGCACCUUCAGUCCUGCUGGUUCUGUGGAGGGUUCACCUAUGCACAACAUCUAUAUGAACCCGCCUGGGCAGACUGCACCACCACAGUACCAGGCCAUGCCCAGUGCUGCCCCAGAUCCCAAUAUGGUUAAUGCGUACAUGUACCAGGCUGCAGGCAGCAAUGGGCAACCUGCUCCUCCUGCUGGUCAGGGUCCGCCCACUACUAGUCCACCCUACUCCAACUAUCAGCCCACACCCACACAGGGCUACCAGAAUUCAGUGUCUCAGGCCCAGAGUAUGCCCCCCAUGUCCCAGCCUGCCCCCACUAAUGGUAUGGGUUACAUGGGCUACCAGCCAUACAGCAUGCAGAACAUGAUUUCAGCAUUGCCAGGACAGGACCCCAAUAUGCCCCCCCAACAGCAGUACAUGCCAGGCCAGCCGCCCAUGUACCAACAGGUGGCUCCCCCUGGUGGUCCGCAGCAGCAGCAACAGCAGGUCUCUCAGGCUGUGCCCGGCAGCGCUGAGGCUCAACUCAUCUCCUUUGACUGAAAGCCUGCACGCUGCAGGGUCUGACACACUACACCCCCUCCUCAUUUGGUCUUUCUCCUCACUUUCCAGACUCUCUGCCCUCUGGAAACACACACCUUCCACCUUGCUGUGAUGUUGUGGCAAUGUAAAAUAUUGUGAUGAUGUUGCAGAACUGUGGCUCUUCUUGCCUCUCCCUCACUGAAGUAUGGGAAAGCUGCAAGACAGGCAACAAACCCACCCUCUUUUUCCCUCUUUCCAGCUGAUAUGUAUGUAGUAUUUCCUUAUUAAAUGAAUAACUGCAGCUCAGAAAUAGUCAGUGGUAUUAAACUUAAAAGAUAAGAAAAUAUAAUAAUUUAGGAUAAAAAGAAGACAAGAUAUAACCAUCCUUUGUCUCAUAUUUUUCUAAAGCAUAAUUUGCAUGUUACAUUUUCAUUAUUUUCUGGAAUGGAAGUGAACUACUGCAACAUAUCCUAACAGUUUGGGCAGUGAUUGAGAGACAUCUGGACAGUAUGUGCUGUUUAAGAGUGUGGGUGUGAAGACAAAGAGUGAUGUCUAUGGAGAGAAAGCACAGUCAAAGGAAAUAAACGGCACUAUCUCACAUCUCCGUCAGGUCCACAGCUUGCCAUUCCAGCUGUAGUUUUCGGUUCAUGAGCACAGAAACUAGCGUCAUCUUGUUUUUGGCAUUAUUUGUUGUGCACUGCUUGGAAUAUCCGGUGUCUUAAUGUAGUUUUCUUAAAUAACGAAACGCAUAUGCAGGGAUUGUACAUUGUGGGAUGAGUGAUAACUGGGUGGUUGUUUAAUCCUAAUAUACUUUUCUAAGUUAAAUUAAAUGACACAACUAGUGGGCAUACAUAUACAUACUAAAGCAGUACAGCAACCCUAAUAGCAUCCCACAUCUCUUAAUUAAAAGGAUUUCUGUUGCCGAUGAUAAAGAACCGUCGCAAGAUAAGACCUUAACCUCCAAUUAACUGCAGAUGACCUCCAGGCACCCCAUCUCACUGUGCAUUUGGUUGUAACUGUCACAGAUAAGGAUAUCUACAUAGUAAGUACAGUUGGGAAUUUUUUAUUUUUUUUAAAUAUACUUGGCGCUCCGUAGAAGUGGAAAUGCUUACAGAGCGAACAUUGAGUACCGCAUGUAUGUAUCACACACAUCCAAUCAGUGAUUUCCGUAACCCUUCAGUUGCCAUCUGUGAACUUCUUUUUUCCAUCAUACUUAUCUGUCUGACUUUAAAAGUAAUUUUAAAAUUAUAUUUAAUAAAUAUCUGGUUCUCAUUGUC